UAGUUAUUUUGAGUGUUAUAGAUUUCCUCUUUACUUUUGCAACAGUGAUAUCUCUUUUUCUUCUAUAUAUGUAGUGACCUUUUAGCACUUUCUCCUAUCCUUCAACCCCUUCUCUCCAAUCCCAUGAAAGUUAACAACAAACCAUCCAAUUCAUCAGGUGACUUUUAUCAGCCCAAACCUUUCUUGUUCUCCCAAUAGAAAUCGAUCCCUUCUUAAAAUAAAAACCCACCUGAGAUUUUCCAUCUUUAUGUUCACAUCAUCCUAAACUCUUGGUGAACCAAAAACGAAUUUCCAAUUUUCUACAUUUGAAAAAGCAAGCAUGCAUGUAAGCCUUUAUUUCCACAAUUAGCUCACGCUUCAACUCCCUCCAUUUCUUCGUUUCAACUCCACUGAAUAAGUACUACAAUCUAGGCCAAAUUUACUUGCAAGCCCCUUGUCAUCAUACACAAAAAGAUGGAAGCUUUUCAUCCUUCUAUCACCUUUCCCUUCUCCUACACCUUCACUACUACUAGUAGCGGACAUGGUGGCAUUGCUGAAAAUAGCAACACAUCCAGUCCUAGUCCAUGGAUGGACAGUAGGAUAUGGAGUAAGCUCCCACACCGGCUGCUGAACCGUGUCAUCGCCUUUCUUCCACCACCGGCCUUUUUUCGAGCUCGAUGCGUCUGCAAGAGAUGGUAUGCUCUGUUGUUCUCCAACACCUUUCUUGAAUUGUACCUCCGAGUAUCUCCGCGCCGCCCUUGGUUCCUCUUCUUCAAGCACAAACGCCUCAACAGCAGCUACAUAUACAGGAACAACAAUAUUGGAGGAAGCCAUGGUGACAACAACAGGGCUGGUACUGAUUGUGAAGGGUAUCUUUUUGAUCCUUAUGAACUUGCAUGGUACCGCCUUUCCUUUGCUCUGCUUCCCUCUGGGUUCUCCCCUGCUUCUUCGUCAGGUGGUUUAAUAUGUUGGGUUUCUGAUGAGGCUGGUCCGAAGACUCUAAUUCUGUGCAACCCAAUUGUUGGUUCUCUGAAUCAAUUGCCUCCAACUCUAAGAUCAAGGCUCUUCCCUUCCAUAGGCUUAAGUGUUAGCCCUUCAUCCAUUGAUGUCACUGUUGCUGGAGAUGACUUGAUUUCUCCAUAUGCUGUGAAAAACUUGACUGCAGAGAGCUUUCAUAUUGAUGGAGGUGGGUUCUUUUCAUUAUGGGGCACCAAUUCUUCUCUACCAAAGGUCUGCAAUUUUGAAUCAGGUCAAAUGGUUCAUGUUCAGGGAAAAUUCUACUGCAUGAACUAUAGCCCUUUCAGUGUGUUGACUUAUGAUGUGGCAGCAAAUAACUGGUGGGAGAUUAAGGCUCCCAUGAAAAGGCAUCUAAGGUCUCCAAGCUUGAUGGAGAGCAGGGGUAAGCUGCUGCUGGUUGCUGCAGCUGAAAAAAGUACGCUCAAGGUGCCAAACAGCCUGAGGCUUUGGGGCUUGCAGGCUUGUGGAACAACAUGGAUUGAGAUGGAAAGAAUGCCACAGCAGCUUUAUGUUCAAUUUGCAGAGCUGGAAAAUGGAAAUGGGUUUCAUUGUGUUGGCCAUGGAGAGUUCCUUACCAUAAUGAUCCCAGGUUCUGACAAGGCUUUGCUGUUUGAUAUGUGCAGGAAAAGGUGGCAAUGGAUCCCUCCAUGCCCUUAUGUUCAUGCUGGGAUAGAUGGUGAUUUGCAUGGUUUUGCUUAUGAGCCCCAACUUGCCACACCAGUCACAGGGCUUCUUGAUCAGUUGACUACAAUUCCAUUUCAGCCUUUCACUGGUUAGGAGAGUUCGAUUUGGCAUGUGAUGUUGGUGUUUAGCAGUAGAAGCAGUGGUUGUGAUGAUAGGGGAAUAGUUGUUUAGUCCAGUUUAGUCAGGAGCUACUUGUCAGAACUUUUAAGUGAUAUGUGAUGUCUUUUG